GGGUGGUGUUGGAGGGGGUAAAACACAGACUCGUCUCGCGACGUAUGAGUGGCAGUGAGUUUGGUGGCUACAUGUGGAUAAUCCGCCGGUCGUCGUUGCGACUCCGAGUGACGAUUCAGCAUUAUUAUUUAUCUUAAAACGUGCACGACAAGAAACGGGCGUCCAAAAUGCAGAUGGAUCAGACGACGAUGCAGCUGAUACAGGUCUUAGAGAAGACUGUAUCACCAGACAAAAAUGAGUUGGAGGCAGCGAAGAAUUUUCUGGAGCAGGCGGCCCUUACGAAUAUCCAUGAAUUCGUUCAGCGUCUGUCAGGUGUGCUGGGCACGACAGCAGCGAGUACCGUGGCCCGUAUGGCAGCAGGUCUCCAAUUAAAGAACCAGCUUACCUCCAAAGAUCCAGCUGUAAAAGCGCAAUUCCAACAGCGAUGGCUGGCAAUACCGGUCGAAACCCGCGAGUACAUAAAGAAAAAUAUUCUAGGAGCCUUGGGUACUGAAACCAAUCGUCCAAGUUCAGCAGCUCAGUGUGUUGCUUACGUAGCUGUUGCAGAGCUUCCAGUGAAUCAAUGGACAGAGCUCAUUCCCCUUCUGGUCAGCCAUAUAGCAGACCAAAAUAGCACUGAAAUGAUGAAGGAAGCAACCCUCGAGACGAUUGGUUACAUCUGCCAAGAGAUCGACAGUGAAGUCCUCGUUUCCCAAUCAAAUCAGAUCCUCACUGCCAUUAUUCAUGGAAUGAAGGGCUCCAGUACCUCGAAUCAUGUGAAAUUAGCAGCGACCAGAGCGCUUUACAAUUCCCUAGAAUUUACGAAAGGAAAUUUCGAAAUUGAGUCUGAAAGAAAUUUCAUAAUGGAAGUUGUCUGUGAAACUACUCAGUCCACCAACACACAGAUACGUGUGGCGGCCCUUCAGUGUCUUGUUAAGAUCAUGUCCCUUUACUAUCAAUUUAUGGAGCCUUACAUGGGCCCUGCACUCUUUCCAAUAACUCUAGAAGCCAUGAGAUCAGACAGCGAUGAAGUUGCCCUCCAGGGGAUUGAAUUCUGGUCUAAUGUAGCGGACGAAGAAGUAGAUCUAUCGAUGGCAGAGGGCGAAGCAUCUGAGGGUGGUCGUCCCCCUUCAAAAGUUUCUCGUCAUUAUGCCAAAGGUGCACUGGUGUAUCUUGUUCCAGUUUUGAUUCAAAAACUAACUAAGCAGGAGGAAUUCGACGAUGAAGACGAUUGGAAUCCCUCAAAAUCAGCUGGAGUUUGUUUGAUGCUACUAGCGUCUUGCUGCGAAGAGAGCAUAGUUCCCCAUGUGCUUCCCUUCGUCAAGGAGAAUAUAAAGAAUCCCGAUUGGAGGUACAGAGACGCAGCUCUGAUGGCUUUCGGAUCGAUUCUCGGGGGUCUGGAACCAGUGGCACUCAAACCUCUUGUUGAACAAGCCAUGCCGACUCUUAUUGAGCUCAUGUACGACGUGAGUGUCGUGGUAAGGGAUACAGCGGCCUGGACAUUCGGUCGAAUCUGUGAGAUCAUUCCUGAGGCCGCAAUAAAUCCAACGUACUUGAAGCCUCUAUUAGAAUCGUUGGCAAAUGGUCUCAAUGCAGAGCCCAGAGUCGCUGCUAAUGUCUGUUGGGCCUUUACAGGUCUAGCUGAAGCUAGCUACGAGGCGGCUGAAACUGGAGAUGAUCAGCAGCCCGAGACAUACUGCAUGUCAAUGUUCUUUGAUUAUAUAGUUCAGAGACUGCUGGAGACGACUGACAGAGUUGAUGGAGCACAAGCAAAUCUUCGAUCAGCUGCAUACGAAGCCCUAAUGGAAAUGGUUAAGAACUCACCCAAAGAUUGUUAUGUAACUGUUCAAAAGACGACGAUGGUGAUAUUGGAGAGACUUCAGCAGGUCCUACAAAUGGAGACCCACUUCCAGAAUCAUUCUGACAGGGCUCAGUAUCAUGAUCUUCAGUCCCUUCUGUGUGCAACACUUCAGUCUGUUUUGAGAAAAGUCACCCCUGAGGAUGCUCCGAGGAUCUCUGAUGCUAUCAUGAAUGCUCUCCUAUCGAUGUUCAGUUCGAACUCUGGAAAAGUUGGGGGUGUGCAGGAGGAUGCACUCAUGGCAGUGUCCACGUUGGUCGAGGGCCUUGGAGACGGUUUCUUGAAGUACAUGGAUGCUUUUAAACCAUUCUUGUGCCUCGGGUUGAAGAAUCAUGCUGAGUAUCAGGUCUGUGGAGCUGCAGUUGGGCUCACUGGGGAUCUUUGUAGAGCCUUGAAGGGCAAAAUGUUACCCUAUUGCGAUGAAAUCAUGAUGCUGUUGCUGGAAAAUUUGGGAAAUGAGUCAGUUCAUCGAUCUGUCAAGCCCCAGAUUCUCUCGGUCUUUGGAGAUGUGGCACUCAGUAUUGGGCCUGAGUUCAAGAAGUAUCUGGAUGUGGUACUGCAAACAUUGGCACAAGCUUCUCAGGCCAAUGUCGACAGAACUGAUUACGAUAUGAUUGAUUAUUUGAAUGAGCUCAGGGCGGGAGUUCUGGAGGCGUAUACUGGAAUUAUUCAAGGGUUCAAGGGAGAAAAAGAAGUCCCCGGGGCCCCCAAUGCUGAUGUCAUGCUGUUGGAACCUCACGUUCCGUUUGUCAUUCAAUUUAUCACGUCUAUUGCACAGGACAGAGAGCACUCAGAUGAGGCCAUGUCUGCGGCUAUUGGAUUGCUUGGGGACCUUGUUGUCGCGUUUGGGGCUAAGAUGCUCCCCAUGGUGGAGACCGAACCUCUUACGGAGUUACUUACCAAGGGGAGGAGGGCCAGACUCAACAAGGCCAGGGCUCUGGCUUCUUGGGCCACUAAGGAGAUUCGAAAGGCCAAGAAUCCUGCUAAUUCUACGUCGAGUUGAUCACCCCACGAAUGUUCUCUCGUGCAAAUUGAUUUGACUAGAAACCUAUCGAACACAAUACAAAGACAACAAGAUUGGAUGGUGCGGAUGCGAGUAGAUGGAUGUGCGUGAGAUUUUCCCAGUAAAAACGCGAUUGAGAGAGACAGAAAAAAAAACACAAAAAAUGCAAAAAUGGAUGAUAAGGAUGAGGAUACGAGGUAAUGAGAGAAAUGGUGAUUUAUUGAUGAUGGUGAGUCUGCACGUGUUCCUCUGGGCCCUUCCCCCAAGAAGUGUGUGUUGCGUCAGAAACUGAAAGAAUUAAAUGAAUAAACAGUUUAAUGAGGGAGGAACUCUGGUCCACUGCUCAUUGGAUGGCCGACGACGGAUGAAGGAUACAAUUGAGUGCAAGUUGAUAAUGUUGCCAAAUACGUGAAUGAGAAAAAGGAAAAAAACGGAAAAUGAAUAAUCAUACAAGAGAAUACAAGAGAGCCCUGUCUAAAAGAGGUCUGGUGAUACGAGUGUGCCUGAAAAAAAGUUUAAAAAAAAAAUAGAAAAAUUGCAGAGACUAAUAAGUGAGACAUUAAUAAAUGAUUAACUGCUGAUUAGACUGUGUACUUAUCACCGUCAAUGCAGAAUCGUCGGCGCGUGAGCUGGGUUUAUGCGUGUAAUCACCUCAGAGCCGAAUGAGUGCGACUGAGUUCUGUGUGAUAUCGAUUAUCUGGUUUUUCUCUUUAGCAUAUGUGCGACUUUGACGAACUUCUAAUUUCUUUCACAUUUUUUCUCUUUUCAAAUCAUUUUACUCGUAGAGCGAUGGUAGAAUUAGCUUGAUUCUGGGGAUAUGUCUUUGAAAUUGAUGGGGUUAAACAUUUAAAUAUUCUGGCAAUUUUUCUGGGGAAAAAUUAUCAAUAAAAGUUCUUUUAAAAAUAGCUUAAUCUUUUUAUUAAAUUUCUAGAUAACAAUUUUUUUAUGGGUAUAAUUUUUAUAGCUCUUAAUUUUCCCCAGGAAAACUUUCACAUGAGAAUUCUGUCUCUGAAUUUCAAAGAUAUUUGUUACAAGGUGUAUUUUAUCACUGCUCUACAGAUUUUUUGUUUUCAUUUAUCAAAGGAAACAAUUGAAUUGUUCAAUCCUAAAUGAUUUUCAAUUUGAAAUAUUUUCUUUUUUUCCAUCGAAGUUCCUGCGCGGCUGGCGGCGAAUGAAGUGUGAUUGAACUGCUGAAAAAAAUAGGGAUAAACCAUUUUUUUGAAUACAAGGUGAAGAUAAAAUGUGAUGAUUAUUGUAUGUUAGAUGUUGUAAGGGAAUUUAUGAAUGCAUGAUAUAAGUUUAUAUGCUAAAAGACAUGAAUGAAUGAUUGUAUGAAAGAUCAUUGGUUGAAUAAAGUUGUAAAUGAGAAAUACAAAA